GGGGAUGAAGCGCGUGUCGCGAGGGCGAGAGGAAGCGGACGCGGAGUUUUACCGAGCCUCAUCCUCGCUAAUGGAACGCCCUUGUCGAGAGUGUCACCACCUCGCGCGGGCUGGGCAGUGCGGAUCAACGAGGCGACACUCACUACCCCGAGUCAGUCAGCUCAUUAUCAACAGCAGCAGCAGCAGCAGCAUCAGCAGCACGCUACACCAAGUCCAGGAUCACCGAGAGCCAUCGAACAAUGGGCUAGCGAAGGGGCAGCGUUGUCGGCUUUGUCGGUUCGUCGUUCCACAUCACCAGCCUCGCCAGAAACAGCAAGGAGACCGGCAACAGGAUCGUCGAGAAGGAUCGUCCCGUCGUCGAGUCGAGUUAGGCUGGCAGGCGGAGGCGGAAGAGGAGGAGGAGAAGAAGGGGAAGGAGGAGGAAGUGGAAGUGGUGGAAGCGGCGGAAGAACAGGAGCAGAAAGAGGCGCUGAGUUCGGUAACGGUAUCCAUUUCGCGAAUCACUGGCAGGAGGAACAAGAGCUGGAGGCGAAGAAGAAGGAGGAGCACCGGAAGCGUUGCGUGGACGCAGCGGCGCGUUGCCAAGCCGAGCAUCUUGAACUGAGAAGUCGGCCGAUGUCGCAGAACAAUGCGAUCGCGCCGCUCUCGCGGCCACCCUCCUCGCCAACGAACAACGCCUCGACCAACCUCGAUACCGCCGCCAGUAGUACAGCCACCACGACCAGCCACCAACCAGACAACAACAGUACAGUAGUGAACGCGGACGACGGAGACGCGCAGCAUUCCGUUCAACAGCAGCACAACGUGGUCGCUGGUGGUGGUCGCGUUCACGAUCACAAUCGGCCGUUCCCGCCACCGAGAUUGCCCACCGUGCACGUGCCGAUCGCAUCCUCCUUGACCGCCGCCACUGCGACUCUCGCAGCGAACCAGUCGAACCCGUCGAAUCCGUCGAGAGUGUUGGUCACUGCUCCGCUCAGCCCUCUCUCGAGCACGUUUCGCAGCAGACCGAGAAACGUCGACACCUCGACGGAGAUCUCGAACGCCCGUGGACUGCUGUCGAACGACACGCCGCCGAGGAGCCCGAUAAACGAGGUGAGCCUGGCGGUGCCGCGACCGGACGGUGAGAGAGCCAUCAACGAAUACGUCGAGGCGCCGUUCAAACACGGGGCGAACCAGGAGCGACGGGUCAUCGACGAUGACAACAAGCGCGGGAUCGGCGCCGAUUGCCCGAAGAUCGACCGAAGGCAUCAUCGUCAGAAGGGUGGUGGUGGUGGUGGUGGUGGUGGUGGUGCCAGCGGGACGAACGCGACCGCGUCCGCCGGCUCGAUCGCGACGAACACCGCGGCGCCUAACGCCGUGACCAAACAGCCGGUCUCGUUUACCAAGGAACCGGCCAACAGCCUCGCCUCCAGGACUUACGAUCCGGCCGGCUUGUCGAUAAUGUGCAAUUUCUGCGGUCGAUGUCGUUGCGAGUCUUGCCGGGAGCCGCCCCCGUUGCCCAGCAAGUGGCUGUGCGACAACAAGUGCUUCUGCUCCGCCGAGACGAUUCUCGAUUACGCUUCUUGCCUGUGCUGCGUGAAGGGACUGUUUUAUCAUUGCGUGGACGGGAACGGCGGUGGCGGCGGCGGCGGCGGCAGCGGCAGCGGUGGCGGUGGCGGCGGAAUCGGCGAGGGAGCCGGUAGCUGCGCGGACGAGCCGUGCUCCUGCACGGGGAACAGAAGGGCCUCCAGGUGGGCCUGCCUCGGCGCGCUCACCCUCGUCAUGCCUUGCUUAUUGUGCUAUUGGCCGUUCAAGGGCUGCGUCGCGUUGUGCGAGGUGUGUUACGCGCGGCACGCCGCCCAGGGCUGCAGAUGUAACCCGAACACGAUCGGAAACGCCGGGAACAGGCAUCAUCCGAUCGCCAGCGAUAUCGGGGACUCGAGGGAUCCGGAGAAGAGGUUGCUCGACCCGGUCACACCGGAACUC